AUGUGCAGCUCCGCCGAUAUCGCCCUUCUUCCAAGUUACGAAUCCAGUGCUGCGAUCAGCGGUUCAGGAGAGUUUGAAUUGAAUCCCGGGAUGAGUCCCCGCCAGCAUCAGCACCUCGUGAACAGCAAACUCUUCAUAUCGGCAAAGGAGAAGGCGCGCGAUUUGGUGAAGUUAAUCAUUCCCUUGCUGCGCUGCGACCAUCCUGAACUGCGCGAGUCAAUAAUUUGCGGACUAAGUCGUAUACAGCCCGGUGCUUUUCGAGAUGUGCUGGAGGAUUUGCAUCCAAUUCUACGCGAAUCGAUCGAUUUGAAACAGAAGAAUGUGCAACGUCGACGACGUAGGGAUACAUUGAGGUCGUCACUUAUUCGAUUGCUGGCUUUAAUGGCACAGAACGCGGUAUUUCAACAUGAGUGA